AUGAGUCAAGAGACUAUACUGUCGUUAAAACCAGUUCCAGAUGAGGAUGUCGGGGAUGAUAGUGACUAUGAAGAAGCGCAGUACGUAGAUACGCAAAAUCUUUUCAGUGGAGAAAGUGACAACUCUGACAACGAUAUCCCCGUGGUGCAUCAAGAUCAAGUGCAAGAUUUGUACAAUCCACCACUACACAUGAGAAAUCCCACAUACUCACUUGACGAAGAUGCAUCAAUUUUUGAAACCACGGAGCCACUUCGGAUAGAUUGGGGGUUGCUUGGCAUGGAAUUUAAUAACAAAAAGGGAUGUGUAUUCGCCAUUCGCCAAUUUCACAUCAGAAAUUGUCUUGAUUAUUCCGUUUAUAAGUCUGAUUCUAAACGACUCAUAAUCAAGUGUGUUAACGAAGAAUGUGCCUUCAAAUGCAGAGCAUAUGUGGGGAAGGGGAGUGGUAAGUGGGUGAUCACUAAGGUUAGCGGUCCGCACACAUGCAUGUCUUCCACAAUGUCUCAAGAUCAUAGAAAACUUGAAUCUAAUCUAAUAUGUAACAAUAUCAAGUCUCUAAUCAACAGUGAUGCCUCACUGAAAGUGAAACACAUCAUCGCUCAUAUUCGGGAGACAUUCAACUACACAAUCUCUUACAAAAAGGCAUGGAUUUCAAAGAAUAAGGUUAUCACUACUAUUUAUGGAAACUGGGAGACUUCAUACAACGACCUGCCGCAAUGGUUGUUGGUCAUGAAAACAUAUCUACCAGGUACUAUAAUAGAACUAGAGACCCUUCCUGUAUUUUCAAAUGAAGGGACUCAAAUCAGCGGUGCUAGAGUUUUUCACCGCCUUUUUUGGGCUUUCCAACCAUGCAUCAAGGGUUUUGCAUUCUGCAAACCGGUGGUUCAAGUAGAUGGCACAUGGUUAUAUGGAAAGUACAGGGGAACUUUGUUAAUGGUUGUGGCACAAGACGGAAAUAGGAACAUAUUUCCAAUAGCUUUUGCAUUGGUAGAGGGUGAAACUGGAGAAGCAUGGAGUUUUUUCUUGAGAAAUCUUAGAAUGCAUGUCACACCACAACCCAACCUAUGUUUGAUAUCAGAUCGACAUGAGUCAAUAAAGAGUGCCUAUAAUAACCCAGAUAAUGGCUGGCAACACCCUCCCUCCUCACACGUCUAUUGCAUCAGACAUAUAUCGCAAAAUUUCAUGAGGGAAUUCAGAGACAAGGAACUUCGGAAAAAAAUUGUUAACAUGGGGUAUGCAUUAAAUGGGGCAACAUAUGAAUACUACAGGGGAGAGAUACGUAAGGUUAACAUAGAAGCGUUAGAAUGGAUAGACAAUAUUCCAAGAGAAAAAUGGACGAGAUCAUUCGAUGGAGGGAAACGUCGGGGUCAUAUGACUACCAACCUUGCAGAAUCAAUGAACUCAGUUUUAAAAUCCACAUGCAACCUACCUAUUACCGCUUUGGUAAAAUCAACAUAUUAUCGAUUGGACACAUUGUUUGGGAAAAGAGGACAUGAUUGGACUAAAAUGUUGGGUUCUGGCCAACUGUCCACUGAAAACUGCAUGAAGGGAAUUGAGGAGGAAGUAAUCAAAUCAAAUAGCCACACGGUUAUGCAAUUUGAUCGUGAGAGGUUCUGCUUCCUGGUCCAGGAAACUGUUCAUCAUAGUGACGGCAGACCGACUACCCAUUACAACGUCGACCUUCAGAAACUUACGUGUGAGUGUGGAAGAUUCCAAACGUUUCAUGUCCCUUGCUCACAUGUUAUUGCAGCGUGUUCAAGCAUAAGAGAAGACUAUUCUGUGCAUAUAGCUGACGUGUUCAAAGUUGUAAACGUAUUUAAGGUCUACGAGGAAACUGUCCUCGGAUCCCGACUGAAACAAGUUGGCCACAAUAUGAAGGUGACACGCUAUGCCACAACGACCGCAUGCGGAGAAACAAGAAAGGUCGCCCAAACAAUUGUCGGAUUAGAACUGAAAUGGACAACGUUGAAAAAGAAAAAAGGAGGUGUGGUAUUUGUCGAGAAAUAG